GGUGGAAACUGCCCAGAAAAGAAAACGAGAAAGCGCGUCAAAAAGCGGCUAGCAUUGGGUUUCGGUGGUGGAACGAGGGAGUUCUAUGUCUGGCGUAUACCCCGUUCGAAAGGAAAGGUUGUCAGGAUGGGACCGUCACGUGUGCGACUCAAGAGUGAAGUGGAGCCGUACGUUCUUGGAAGGAUAUAACUACCGGAUUUUUUUGAAGGCUCUCCUGUUUGGCUUCGCCGGAAAGCUUGUACCGAAAUCUUGCAUCGACAUUUCCACGAGUCUGCCUACUGACACGUGUACUAAAGUGGCUACCGUAUACCAACUGGAUUAUGGCUCCCUUCCGUUCUUCGUAGAAAUACGGACGACGGCGCCAUCUACUGUGACUACGUCAUCUCAACGGCCUAUAAAAGAUCGCCUCCAGAGCUACAGCUUCAGUGGGUACGGCGGACCGGGCAGAGGCAUGUGGUCACGGAACCCCCUUCUUUGCUUCGUGCAGUUUAUCGACCUCCAGAUGCACCGUCCCAAUUUCUGCAUGAUCUAUGUGACCACCUACGGCCUUUUUCAAGUAAUGAAGUAAUCAUUGCAGGUGACUUUAACUUACCUUCUGUUGACUGGCACUAUCCAUUUUCAAAUACUGGUCGAUGUACGGAUGCUGGACCUUUGCUUGAUAUUAUGCUAAACUUGGAUGUGCAACAAGUGGUAACAGAGCUUACGCGAGUUUGUGAUGCAUCCUCUUCAAUCCUAGAUCUUGUUUUUGUUGCUAGGUCUAUUGAAGAAUUUUCAGUGUCUGUGAAUCCCGGUAUUUCCGAUCAUUCUAUGGUGUUGUUAUCGUAUAACAUUGAUAAACCCUGUAAUGCGCCCCCCGAAAUAGCUUUUGUUAACUUUUCUCGUGCCAGGGAUGAGGGCGUUCUGGAUCAUCUUGAGAUUGUGUUUAGCAAUUUUCAAAGUUCGGAUGUUGA